GGUACACCACGACCAAUAACAACACCUGACCAGUGAUGAAGGUUAUAGUUGCUUUAGGAGCGCUGUGCCUGGUGGCGUUAUGCGCCGCCACCGAGGCUGAUGACCAGGCCAUAGCGGCCAGCCACCACAAGGGGCACCAUCACGAGCACGGCGGCGGACACGACCACCAUGCUCAUCAUCACCACCACCACGGAGGCAAGGGGGGUAAAGGUCACCACGGCCAUCACCACCACCACAAGGGCGACGAGGGACAUCAUGGCCAUCACCACCAUGAAGGGCAUCACCACGAGCACGGCGGCGGACACAAGAAGCACUGGGACGAGCACGACCACCACGGAGACCACCACGAACAUGGACACCACCACAAGGGCGAGAAGCACGGCCAUCACGAGCACCACGACAAGGGGGAGAAGACCGACGGAUACCACAAGAAGUACCACAAGGACCACUUCCACAAGGACCACCACUUCCACGACGGCCACCACGACGAGGGCAAACACCACAAGCACGGACACCACCACGGACACCACGAGGACCACGGCCACCACCACAAGAAGGGAGGCCACCACCACUCCGGACACCACGAGGGGCACCACGGCAAGCAUGGCCACCAUGACCAUCACCAUCACGACGAGGGCCACCACGGACACAAGGGACACCAUGGACAUGAUGAACAUCAUCACGACCACCACGACCACGGCAAGAAGGGCGGCCACCACGACCAUAAAGACUGGGGCUUCCACCACGGCAAGCAUUAACCGUCGCGCGCCGGACUGUGUACACUGUCGUACAAUAUUAUUGUUGUUCAUGAAUUUUGUUACUGUUUUUAUGUUUUAUAAGAAAAAGUAAAUGCUAUUAAAAUAA